AUAUAUCAUGCAUGAUAUGGUUUUGAUAUUUAUAUUAAUAAUGCAACAAUUAAAGUAGCAUUAUUUGUGGAGACAAAAUUAAGAGUAAUUUGUAUGUACAUAGUUUUAAAAUCUAAUUCAGCAAAAUCACACAGCUUGUUGAGCCAUACAUUUACAUUCAUAUAUUCUAUACACGUUUCUUGGUUCACAAAGCUUUCCGGAGCUGAAAAUUCUUCCUUGCAAAACUGUAAAACAAAUUAACAUAGAAAGGGCUUCGUGAAAUUUAGGGGUCACUGUAUAGUGUCAUCUAUGUAAGAAUCUUUCGACCGUACGAAAGUUUAGCCAGAUUUAGAGAUCCUGCUUUGGGAUACGGUCUUGCAAUUUGUUUAAUUAUGUCAAUAAGUUGAUGAUUGCGUGAAGUGAUGAAGCAGAUGAAUUUUCUUCUCCUGUCAACACAAGUUCCCUUUUUUCCAUAUUUAGGUUCUACAUUUUUUGCUGUGAGCCUGUGACCAAUAAGGAGGAUGAUGACAGAAGUGGAAUCUGCACAUGAAACACAUGGGUCAUUUGUGAGCAAGGCUACAGGUCAUCCAUUGCCACCACCAGACCACGGGACACCAGUUAUAGCACUCUUCAAUAGUUUUCGUCAACCUCAAAAUUUACAACCCGUACCGGCAAUACCACCCAAACUUGGUAAAUGGGAUCAAAGUGCUCCAGCUCAAGUACAUACAAAUGUAUUCACUGAAGUAUUAAGAAAAGAUCAACAGGAUGUUACAAAGAUACUAGAAACACCAAGCCAGGAUGUAGCCAAUAACGUUCCUAAUUCAGCAGCGUUGACAAACACCAACCUAGUUCCCUAUGUCAUCCUACAUCUUGCUGCUCUCAGUGGUGACUGGGAUAUUGCUAGAAACUUCUUGCAAUCAAAGCCACAAGCUGUAAGGGCUAAGAUCACAAAGGGUUCAGAAACUGCUCUUCAUAUUGCAGCUGGGGCCAAACGUACAAUAUUUGUUGAAGAGCUAGUUAAAUGGAUGACAUCAAAUGACCUCGAAUUGAAGAAUGAUGUGGGAAACACCGCUCUUCAUUUUGCUGCUGUAUCCGGUAUCAAAAGAAUCGCUGAGGUAAUGGUGGACAAGAAUCCAACACUACCUCAGAUCCGAGGUAUCAAAGAUUUAACACCUCUCCAUAUGGCCACCUUGCUUGGGCACAGGGAGAUUGUUUGGUAUCUAUACGAUAAGACAAUUUUGAUGGACCGUGACCAUAUGGGGCUUCUUAUUUCUGCCAUAACAGCAGAUCUUUAUGAUGUAGCACUGGAUAUAAUUCAAAAGAACCCUCAGAUUGCUUUUGCUCGAGAUGAAAAUGGAGAGACUCCACUUCAUGUAAUGGCUCGAAAGCCUUUAGCGUGUUAUAGUGGAAGUCAGCUGGGAUUCUGGCAACGAUGCAAAGGUUCAUUACUCCCCCAUACAAAGGCUCCUUACGGAAAAAAGUUAAUGUAUAUGCAAGCCACUCAACUUGUGAAGCAGCUCUGGGAGAAAAUUCUGACCUUAAACAGCGACUCUGCGAUAAGUGAUUUAAUUAGAACGCCUUCCAGCUUAUUGUUUACUGCUGCAGAGUUGGGCAACAUUGACUUUCUGAUCAUACUUCUGAGAUCAUACCCUGGUCUUAUUUGGCACGUUGAUGAACAAAAUCGAAGCAUAUUCCACACUGCAGUGAUUCACCGACAGGAGAAAGUUUUCAAUCUCAUUUAUGAAUUAGGUGGUCUAAAAGAAUUAAUAGUUUCUUAUAAAGAUAACAACAAUAAUAACAUGCUUCAUUUGGCUGCAAAACUUGCACCUGUGAUUCGACUAAAUGAUGAUACCGGGGCGGCUUUGAAAUUGAGAAGAGAGUUGCUUUGGUUUAAGGAAGUGGAGAAAAUCGUCCAGCCAUUGUAUAAAGAAAUGAGGAACUCCAUUGGGAAAACACCUCAAAUUCUAUUCACUGAGGAGCACAAGGAAUUAUUACGAGAAGGAGAAGUGUGGAUGAAGGGCACUGCAUCAUCAUGCAUGGUUGUUGCAACGCUCAUUGCGACUGUAAUGUUUGCUGCUUUCUCCACUGUCCCAGGUGGCAACAACAAUGACACUGGUAUUCCCAUAUUCCUUCAAUCAAGGGCCUUCAUCGUUUUUGCCAUAUCCGAUGCUGUUUCGCUCAUCUCCUCCGCGGCUUCCAUCUUGAGCUUUCUGUCCGUUCUCAUGUCGCGCUAUGCCGAAGGAGAUUUCCUCCAUUCGUUACCCAACAGAUUGAUCGUAGGGCUUGCAACUCUAUUCAUCUCCAUAACUGCCAUGAUGAUCACAUUCGUUGCCACAGUAUUUAUUGUUCUUGGCUCCGAAUUUCAUGGCAUAAAAGUCCCAAUUGCUUUGGUUGCUGGCGUCCCAGUUGGUUUCUAUGCCUUGCUACAAUUUCCCCUUCUUGCAGAUAUGAUCAAUCAUGCUUACAUUUCAAGAGUAUCUUUUCGUCCUUGCAACCACCUUUUGCACUAGUUUUCGUGUUUAAAUUAGUGAGCAGCACUAAUUAUUCAUCGCGUUUGUCUUAAUUUGUGUCUUUGUUUUUACAACUAUGAACCGAAAUUCAUGUUUUGCAUUGAAAAUUUUUAAGUUGUACGAGGACUAUGGAUGAAAAGUCAAUCGACUCUAAAUCGAUAUAUAUAAAAGGAGAUGCAAAGAAUGGUAAAAUUUUCAGUUUCGAAUCA